AGCUUCUUAUGGAAAAGAGCACUCAGAUUGGAUCGAUAUGCUACAUGAUUGAUUGGUAUCAACUAUCGCCAAAAUCAGCUCGCGGCCUUAUAUUGAUAAUAGCGAUGUCCAGUCAUCCUAUAAAACUUACUGCUGGUAGAAUGGUAGACCUGUCAUUAAAAUCUUUUAGAAGUGUACUGCAAACUAGCUUGGCGUACUUGAGCUUCCUACGAACGUUAAUCAUGUAA